AUGAGACCUCAAUUUCAGAAAAGCUUGUGGAAAAAAGUAUUAACUGGAUCUAAAGCAAUACCAAAAUAUAGAUUCAUACUGUGGCUAGCAGUACACAGGAAACUAGCUACAGUUGAUAGACUUGAGAGAUGGGGAAUAACAGUAGCAGUGGAAUGUGUACUAUGUGCAACAAAGGAAGAGGAGUCAAUGCAUAUAUGGUUUGGAUGUGUCUAUGCCAGAACAAUAUGGGCUACACUGCUACAAUGGCUCAAUGAGAAGCAUCAGAUUGGAAGCUGGGAAGAGAAAAUUGAAUGGCUGAGAAGAAGGACUGCUAAUAAAACUCGAGGUGAAAUAUUGAUAUUCCUAUUCACCGCAAUGGUGUAUCAUGUCUGGGCAGAGAGAAACAAAAGAAGAUUCCAAGGGGGAAUAGUUGCCAGUAAUCAGAGAAUCAAAGACAUUGUGAUGGAAUUACAUAUAGCAGGGCAAAGAGAAACAAAGUGGCAUAAAGAACUAGAAAAUGCGAACAAGCUUGAGAAAGAGCUGUUAAAGCUGGGAUUGGGAGCUGAUCUCGCCGAUGAUCACGUUGUUGUCCAGUAG